CUGCGCUCCGAGAGGAAGCCUGCAGCGGACGCAACACGCCGAACAGGUCCAUCUAUAAUUCUCCGUCGUCCUCUGUGCUCCACGCUGAAGAACAGGAUCCUACACACACACACACACCCAUCUCCUCAGGUGUUUGUUGCACUGUGAGACUCAUCAGGGCCCUGACGCCUCCUUUUAAAUACGCCACCAAUCAUCGCUGGAGCACCACCAACGCCUAGACAGGAGUAAGGAGUGACCCCUCUCCUCUGGUUCAGAUGGCAGACGGUCGGCAGCCUGAGGACAGCGGCCCCCAGUGGUCAUCUCCAGGAGCCCAGGGCUCAUCCUCCCCAGGUGGGCAUGGAGAGAACGGCUUCUCUUCCUCCUACAGGACCUGUCAGCCGGGCGCUGGUUCUGCCACCUAUGCCAAAGAGAACGGCUUCAAUGGAGACCUCACCUCUGGACACGCUGUGACUGCUGAGCAAGUGUCAGCGCGGAUCGUGCAGGAGGUUACGGCUGAAGCUGUAGCGGUACUGAAGGGAGAGCAGGAGCUGCAUCCGGAAACUGCCGUCAGGCUGCCAUCAGUGGAGGACUCCGCAAACCUGCCGCCCUCACCUCCCCCAUCUCCAGCAGCAGAGCAUUUCGGGCCUUUGGAUCAAGAUGUAGGGGAUGAGGAGGAAGCAGGUCCUCUCCGCCGCUUCCAAAACUCUCGCGAGAGGUGCAAGUUCCUCGCCCCCUCCAUCUCAGUGUCUGUGCCUGAGGAUGACCCGUACCACUCUGAUGAGGAAUACUAUGAGCACCCUUUAUUCAGCCCAGAGUGGACGCGCUCUGGCUCUCGCCCUCCAGGGCAGGCCGCUGCGUUUAGACAGAUCCAAGAAGAGGAGACCAUAGAGAGUCUCUCAGCUGCGGAGGAGGAAGAGGAGGAGACUUCAGAAGCCGCAGCAACAGCAGCAGCUCUAGAGGAAGAGGAGGAGGAUGAGGAGGAUGAUGAUGAUGAGGAGCAGUGGAGUGGGGAGGAGCCUGAGCAGGAACCCCCAUCUGUGCUCCUAGAGCGGGCAGAGGUCAUAGGCGAGGCCCAGGCUCUGUCGGGCCUGCAGGUCGAUGUUCACACACAGGCAGCUACUGCUGCUGACGAGGCUCCUAAUGGGAGAGCUGAGGAGGCAGGGGGGCAAGAAAGCCCUACAGAAGCUUUGAAGAUGGAAGCAGAGAGGCCAGAGAGUGAGAGGACAGAUCCUAUUGGCAUGGACUUCACUGAAUCUGCAAUGCAUCUCGAUGAUGAUCUCCCAUCUUACCAGAGCCUUGCCAGAGAUGCAGAUAUGCCAGAAAGCCCCUUUGCUCUAACAUGCCCCAUGGAGGAUUUUGAAGUGCCUCCAAGUGAUCAGGGUUAUGCCAAAGAACCUUGUGAGGCUCCAAUUGAAAAUCCUGAUAGACAAAGUGGUGCUGUGAAACAGCCUUCAUUCGAAUUAUGUGUCUCCAGCAAUAUUAAUGAGGUUAAAUCAGAGCAGUUUCAAGAAAAACAAAUGGACAUAACAGCAGCAGAGGGAGAUAUGAAGGACAAAUCUGGCAUGUCUGCUUACUUUGAGACCACAACAAUUAAAACCGAUGCUGCCGGAUCUCAAGGAGAAGGGUAUUAUGAACUGAGUACUACAUCAGAAGAACAAAAGGACUUUACUGGUAACAUGCCCCUUCCUGAAAUCAGCUACAGCACAUUGGCUCAAACACAAUCUUUGGAAGUCCAAGCAGAUCUUCCGAAAAGUAGUGCAAACACACUAGAUACCACUUCACCGGCAGACAGAAGAGAUGACUGCAGAUUGUCUCCUGGGAAAUUGGCUCUAGAGCAGCGAAGUUACUCUUUGAAUAUUACUAUUGGGGCAAUGGAUCAUGGUGAUGCCCAAGGACGUCCCAGAAAUUUCUCUCCAUUGGCCACUGACAUCAUGUCUCAUACUAGUGGGAGCCUUGACGAAUCAGCUGAUUACCUUCCUGUCACAACCCCCUCAGUGGAGAAACUCCCUCCAUUUCCCCCACUGAUCCUGGAGGCAACUACCUCUGUUACAACUGCAUCAUCUUCACCUCCCCAAGCAACAGUCACUGAUGUAAAGACCAGUCCACUGACAGAAUCUCCAGAAUCACCCAUCCAAGCUAAGUGCUGUUAUAAGAACAGCACCGUCAUGGCCCCAGACCUACCUGAAAUGUUGGACCUAGCAGGUACUCGUUCAAGGUUGACGUCUGACAACACGGAUCAGGAGAUGAUGAGGAGAAAGUCUGUCCCAAUGGACAUGUCUUCUCUUGUGAGUGAUUCUUUUGCACAUUUGUUCAAAGGUGACCAGGCCCAAACUGCUACAAAAAGAGAAAUGCAGUUGGAGGAGCAAGGAUAUUGUGUCUUUAGCGAAUACUCUGGUCCCAUGCCAUCCCCUGCAGAUGUGCACAGUCCAAUAGACACUUCUUCUCAGAUCUUCAACACUGUGAUGUCAGAAGAGAAAGAAACUGGCCUUGUUGCAUUUGGCCAACAGAAGAGCCAAUCAACUGAAGAUGUAAAAGCAAUAGAAGUUAUUUUGCCACAGGCAAAAUCAGAAGAAGAAAAGCCACAAAACAAAGAUUCAUUUGAAAUUGAAAGUGCACCUUUUGGAAAACCUUCUUCAGACGAUGUGCAAGACAAGUCGGGUCUUUUAACAACUGAAACUUUGGAAGAAAUCAAGAGUCCAACAUUACCAGAUAAUGAGAAAGGGUUGCCAGACAAACCAGCUGAAAUCUUUAUCACACCAAAGGUGACGGUUACUCUUGAGGAAGCAAAGCCUGAUCUUGAUGCAGAUACUAAACUUGCAGCUGAAACUGAAGCUGAAAUAGCUGCCUAUGAGAGGCAAAUUCGCAAAUUGGAGAUGGAAGACCGGCCACUGAGUGUAGAGGAGGAACGGGAGCUCCAGGAACUCAGGGAGAAGGUAAAGAAUAAACCAGACCUUGUCCACCAAGAAGCCUAUGAGGAGGUGGAUGCAGAGGACGUGUAUCAGCUCACUGGAGCUGCAAAGGACAGAAUUGCUCGACCCCUCAGACCAUCCCCAGCAUCUUCUGUAGAAAGCGCCACAGAUGAGGAGAAGCCUAGAUCACCAGGCGAGAAAGAAGCUCUUAAAACAGAUCCUAACAGGUUAUCUCCUGUUGGGUCUUUUGAGAAAUAUUUUAGAGAAGAGAGGCCUUCUGAGCAGGAGGUAAAGAUGAAAGACUCAGUGGAGCCUGUCAAAGAGAAAGUUGCUGAGGAGAAACCUCAGGCAGCUCUUUUAAAGCCAGAUGAGGCUCCUGUUGACACAACAGUGACUCAAGAAGCAGAGGAAGAGGUGGAGCUUGCUGAGGAGCCUGAAGAGGCCAUGCCAGAACCAAAGCCAGCUUUAAUCUUGGAAGAGAAGCCAGUGGCAGAAAAGUCUGAGCCAGAAGCUGUCAUCAAAAAAGAGGAGGUUGAAGUGAUUGAGAAAGAAGAAGUGGAGGAUGAAGAAGUUUUGGAAGGGGCAAGAGCUGCAGAAGAAACUUUUGAGCCUCGAGCUGCGAUUGAGUCAGUGGUGACAGUAGAAGAUGAUUUUAUAACAGUGGUGCAGACCAUUGAUAAGAGCGAAGUGUCUGGGCACAGCGUACGCUUCUCGGCUCCUUCUGAGGAGGAACACCCACAGCUCCUCCAAGAGGAAGAAGAGGAGGAGGAAGAGUCUGUUGAAAUGGCUCAAGAAGUAGGGAUGGAGGCUCCCAGUCUGGAGGAAAUUGUAGAUGUUCCUGAGCCUGUUAAGCCUCCUGUAUGUCCAGCUAAAGAGUUAGAGGUACCAGAGAGUGAGGCCCCAACCCAAAGUUAUGACGACUACAAAGAUGAAACUACCAUUGAUGACUCCAUCCUAGACAGCUCCUGGGUGGACACUCAAGAUGAUGAUAGGAGCAUGGCCACAGAGAAAAUUGAGCCUCUACCAAGAGUGAAGAGUCCUGUCAAGAAACCAGCUGCAGAGAAACCUGUCAAACCAAAGGCUAAAGGUGGCAGAGCCAAAGGACGGAUCUCCACCCCUGAACGCAAACCUAUUCGCAAGGAGCCAUUACCCCUUCAGAAGGAUGACAUGAAGAAGAAAAAAGCUGUGAUUAAGAAGGCUGAGUUCACAAAAAAAUCUGAUAUUCAGACGUGCUCUCCUUCCCGGAAGAGUGUUUUAAAGGCUACCGUAAGGCACCCUAGACCUACCCAACAUCAUGCGUGUGUUAAGCGGAAACCCACAGUGUCUGCUGACGGUCGACUGCCUUUCAGUGUGGCCAGGCACUCCAGGGACCGGGCAUCUACCUCCAAUCCCACAACACUAACAAAGAUCCCCACCUCUAAAAUUCGGGCAGAGGCUUUGUUGCCGGCCCGGCCCAACUCCGCCAGCUCCUCCAAUAAAAGGAGCCAGUUGGUCGAGACAGAUCUUUAUGAGCUCCGGCCUGCUUCAGCUGGCCCACAAGUAUCAAUAAAUAUAUAUCAUGUAAAGGAUGGUCGUUCUCGGAGCCCAGAGAAGAGGUCAUCUCUGCCCCGUCCUGCAUCCAUUCUAACCCGCCGCUCACACAUGGCUGAGCAUGAGGAGAGCUCCACUUCCAUUACCAGCUCUGGGUCUACAGCACCACGCAGACCCACAUCUUUCCGUACUGAAGUCAGAACAGAUCACAGGACAGGCAGGUCUCAUAGUGCCACAGGCACAGAGUCAGCUCGGUCCCGCUCUGCCCGCAGCGGCACCUCAACACCCCACACACCCGGCUCCACAGCCAUCACCCCUGGCACCCCUCCCAGCUACUCCUGCCGCACCCCGGGUACACCUCGCACCCCAGGCACCCCCAAAUCCCUCAGCCUGCUGUCCCAGGAGAAGAAAGUGGCCAUCAUCCGCACCCCUCCCAAAUCUCCGGCCACUACACCGAAACAGCUGCGUGUCCUGAACCAGCCGCUGCCCGACCUCAAGAACAUCAGAUCCAAGAUCGGCUCCAUCGACAACAUCAAGUACCAGCCUAAGGGGGGCCAGAUUCUAAUUUUAAACAAGAAGCUGGACUUCGGUCACGUACAGUCAAAGUGCGGAUCCAAGGAUAAUCUGAAGCAUUCGCCCCGUGGAGGCAAUAUUCACAUUCAGUCUAAGAAGAUUGAUCUUAGUCAUGUGACCUCCAAGUGUGGAUCAUUGGACAACAUCCGCCAUAGGCCAGGCGGUGGCCAUGUCCGCAUUGAGAGCGUGAAGCUGGACUUCAGAGAAAAAGCCCACGCCAAAGUGGGCUCCCUGGAUAAUGCCCACCAUACACCCGGAGGAGGUCAGAUCCAGAUCGAAAGCCAUAAGCUCUCCUUCCGCGACUCUGCCAAAGCGCGCGUGGAUCACGGAGCAGAGAUUGUGAUGGAGUCGCUCGGGCUGUCCGGCGGGACGUCCCCUCACCGACACAGUCACAUGUCCUCAUCCGGGAGCAUCAACAUGCACGAGUCACCACAGCUGGCAACGCUAGCAGAAGAUGUGACCGCCGCGCUGGCCAAACAAGGCUUGUGAAUCCCCAAAAUCUACAGUAGUUUCCCUCCUCAGUGGUGUCACGGUUGACCCUUUCCUUCCUCCCUCCGGUAUUUAUGGAACACUACAGAUUCACUUAUUCACACUAUUCCCUCUUCAUCCGUCAACAAGCCCUGUCUUGACUAUCUAAAAAACACAAGAUGAUUUUUAUUUUCAGUUUUGUUCAUUUUAAUGAAUUAGCUAGAGAGGUACCUGUGCUUUUUAUUACCCAUCUUACAUGUGACUUUUUAUGGUUGUGUACAGACGGUGGCCUCAAAUGCUGGUUUAGGCUGUGUGCUGCGUCUUAAAGUCGGUUGAUCUGAUUUUUUUUUUUAAAUACGCAAGAAUAAUCCCAUGAUGCACGUGUUUAUUUGCCCUUUCAGUGCAUGGACUCUAAAACAUCAAACUGCAAUCAAAUAUACAAUAUAUUUAUAAAUAUACCAGCGCAACAUCUCACGCUCAAUUGAAAAAAAGAAACGAUUAUUCCUUCGAUAACGUAUACUGUAAUGCAAUCGCGUUAAAAACAACAACCCUAGUAGAUAGUAUGAUGAGCAUGUAUUCUAGUACACAAAAGAGGCUAUUUUCUAUUUCAAGGGAUUUUAGUAAGUUAUUUGCUGAAACGUUGAAUAAAAUGAAAACAUCAUGUUUUGUAGAUACUAGCGACGAUGUUUAGCUUGUACAUUAUUUCAGAUGAUGCACCCCUGGCUUUGCUGUUGUUACUAAAUCGUCUGAUCUUUGUCGCUAUGCAGUUUUUCGACUGACGUCAAGUUAGCGACGCUGAAGCUAAUUUGAGUGAAAUCUGCUUGGAGAGCUUCUUGCGACCUCGUGCAAAAUUUUGUCAAGUGACUGUAAAUGUGACUGCACAUUUACACUAAACAGUGAUUUCACAAUAUUAAAUGUUCGAGGACUACAGGUUAACGGGAAUCACGUAAGAUCUGCUUGAACCAUAAACCGCCAUCUUUAAUAAUCCAUCCACUUGUUAAGUCGUGACAUAUGAAAUACUGUUUCCGGGUCCAAGCCGCUACUUGUUUGAAAUGAGAAAAUAUUCGUUUAUGACCCCUUUUUCGUCAUAUCACACAUUAAAGUGAAUUUUAUAUAAAAUCAUAGUGUACACAUCAGACUUGCUGCAUCACAAUUACCAAAACUGUAACAAUUUCUAAAAAAUGUCUCACUUUCUGGCCAUCGGAUAUUAGGCAUGGAUAUAUAUUGCGAUCGAGAUUUUUGAAAGUAUUACAUCGCUUCGUAAACGUUUAUUAUUACCAUUUGAUGAGUCUCCCCAUACAGUUUAAUAUAGCACUUGGACCCAGAAGCCGCUUCGCGAUUAACAGCCGGAUUGGGGUGAAUGGUGGUUCUGCGGCCCUUGUUUUCCUCUUGGGAGUUUUGGCCCUUGUCUGUCUGCUGAUUCCUUCUUGGAUGCUUAGUUUUCUUUGUUAGGACAUGGAAAAAGAAAUACACGAAUCCAGACUUUUAAAAAAGGAUACUCACUGCGCUUGCAUCAGUUUGAACACGGUACACCAGUAUAUUUUUUCUCCUUGUCAUUUGUGGUUCUCCCUGCCCGUUUUCCUCUAGAACAGCUGUCAUUCGUAGGCUUCUGUGUUUUUCGGCCCCUCUGAGCCUUACCCAUCCACCCUUUCCCCCAUUCCCUCAGCUGCUGUAAAUGUAUUUAAAAGGCCACAUAGAUGUACGCAGUUUUUCUCCUGUUGGUAUGAUACGGAUUAUAAAUGCCCUUAACAGUUAUGACAAUAAAAAAAAAGCAGAAAAUGAACCAAA